CAGUAGAUUAUUUUUACUGAUACAAAUGCAAAUUGUUUUGUGAAAUAGCUGCUGGCAAGACGUGUCCUCCUCCCAGAACCCAUGGAUAAUAAAUCUGCUGUGUCCGCCCUACAGGAAUUCUGCGCCAAGUCGAAGAACACUCCGCCCACCUAUGAUUUCAUUGACGGCGAAGACGGAGGAUACGUUUGCAAGGUCGUUCUGAUGGAGAUCGAGGCCUAUGGAAAUGGGCGAUCCAAGCGCGAUGCCAAGCACCUGGCGGCUGCGAAUAUCCUGCGUAAAAUCCGGAAGCUUCCCGGCGUGAGCAGCUUGCUGGAGGAGUGCGAAACGAGCUCGGUGACCGAUCUGUGCGAGGAGCUGACCAAUCUGAAUCGGGACAUGCUGAAGGAGCUGCGCGACUACUGCGUGCGCCACGAGAUGCCCCUGCCCACCAUCGAGAUUGUCCAGCAGAGCGGCACUCCGAAUGCCCCGGAAUUCGUGGCCUGCUGCUCCGUGGCCUCAAUUGUUCGCUAUGGAAAGUCGGACAAGAAGAAGGAUGCUCGCCAGCGUGCGGCCAUCGAAAUGCUGGCCGUGAUCUCCAAUCAAGCGGACGAUAUGCGUCCCGAUAAAAUGCAGGUCGUUAGCACCAAGCCAUCGGAGGGUCUCGAUGUGGACGCAACCCUGGAGGACUUGGAGGUGGAGCGCCGAAAGAAGUUCAACACCUACAGGGAGCUCACGGAUGCCGGGAGCGUGGAUAAUACGGGUCUGCGCCUCUGCGAUCGCCACAACUACUUCAAGAACUUCUAUCCCGUCCUCAAGGAGGCUGCAUUUGAGGUCAUCCGUUCGGAUGAGUACGUCAGCACCAAGGAUAAGGCCUUGAGCCUGCUGAGCGCUCUGAAGAUCACUCCUUCAAUCAGUACUUUGGAGUCGUCGUCAAUGGAACCCCUGCUGUGUGUUGAACUGAAUUGCGACUUCGAUGUGGUCUUUGUGGCUCUAGAAAGCAAGAUCUUCGAGCAGAUGAUAGAAUACUUUGAACUGAUGUUGAUAUAAUUUCCAAUAUAUUUUUGUGGUAUAUAUAACAUUUAUUUUUAACUAGGUCGGCUUACAAAUAAGUAAACUGUCUCGUAUUUACACCCUAAACAAGUUCAGAUAAUGCACAUAUUUGUUUGUAACUUAAAAUCUAUUUGGUUAAUACAAUCGCCCAUUAGUUCUGUGGGUGUAAAACAUGAAAAA